GUUACAUGGCUUUGUCCACACACCUUGUAAGGUACGAAAACGGAUUACAUGGACAAUACAAUACAAUACAAUACAAUACUAUGCCGUACAAUACAAUAUCUACCUAGUACAUAGUUACUUGCCAGGCCUGCAACAAUGAACCCGGUCGCAUUACCCCUGAAUCUGGGAAAGGCGAACAAGGUAAAGAAAUCGUCUGUUAAGGGUGGCGCGACCGGAAAGCAUGCUCCAGCGGUCCCCCGGAUUCUCCCCGUGGACGGUAGUGGGUUAUAGCGUGGAUCCAUUUUGAUGUGAUAGAAUAGGUACAGGAUGCAUUAAGCCUUAUAACUGACCACCUACUCCUCCGUGAAUUUAUUAUUUAGACUUGAGAAAUUUUGUAUAUAUUACUAUUCUUUGUCAUCAAUGAGUUCGACAACUUAGCUCAGACAAAUCCUAUAGCAGCUUUACCCCAGGCUCAAGAGACUAGUUGCGAAAAAAAAAAAUCGAAAUCAUGGCAGCUCAGAUGACAGGUGAGCAGCUAGCUGCUCUAUGCUACGCCGAGCCCCCUUUGGCAGAGAUCCACGGCCUCGCCAGAGUGGUAGAGGUUUUUCUCUACGUUCUCGCCAUCAUAUCAGUCGUCAUCGUCGGCCUUCGAGUAUACGUCCGAGGUUUCUUAAAUGGGGGCAAAAUAUGGGGCGUUGACGACUAUCUAGCGGUUCUAGGGUUUCUGCCAUAUAUCCCCUCUGUUGUAUUCGCCAUCAAAGGCACGCAUUAUGGACUCGGCACCCUGGAUGUCGAGUUAAACAUGUUCAAACAAAUACGAGCCGCUGAGUACAUGUUGUACUUCCAAGUCAUCUACUACGUCUCGUCUACCGUCACAAAAAUCGCCAUUGCAUUCACCAUGUUGCGAUUAUUUCAACAAAAAUGGGUCCGCUGGGUUAUUCACAUCAACUGGGUAUUCAUGACCCUGACUGCCAUUGGAGCGCUGGCCUUCGUUUUCGCCAGAUGCCAACCCUUUGCGGCCAACUACAACCCUCUCAUGGGAACAUGUCUACCAGGAAACGGCUUCAUCAUUGUCAGUUAUUUUGGAUCCGUCGUCCAGGUCGUCACGGAUUGGGUAUGCGCCAUCGUACCAUUCUUCGUCGUCAAGGAUCUUCAGAUGCCCAAGCGAAAAAAGAUUUCUCUACUAGCCGUCCUCAUGUUGGGUGUGCUCGCCAGUAUCGCUUCGCUCAUUCGCAUGCCUUACUACAAAUACUACGACCAGGUGGCGUAUCCCAACAAUUACUUCUAUCACGCGGGCUACAUUGCUCUAUGGUCAGAGAUGGAGUGCGGUCUCGGUAUAGUCGCUUGCUCCCUACCGCCUCUACGCAGACUAUUCAAGAGCUUCUUUGGAUCGUCGAACCGAUCUAAGCCCGGGUACUCAGGCUCGGCCGAUCCUAAGAAAUCAUUCAACACGCCGCUGGGUGCCCUUACACCGCAAGGAAAAUCUCGAGCCGACCAGGGAUGGGAUCGUCUGGAUGACGACAACUCCAGCAGCCAACACAUUGUCAGGAAGACUGAUAUCUACGUCCAGUCAACUAGCCAUGACGGCCGCGACGACCCCGAAACGAAGCGGAAGGACGGGGGGUGGUGAGAGGGAAACGAAUUCAUGACCCGCAACGGCCUCGGUCCGGGGCCUAGGCAGUAUAACUCGCGCUCGGCGUGUUUUUAAUAAUUGCAUUGUACCAUUUCUAUUUUCGAAAGAACCAGUCAUUCGUCUGUCUGUACCUAUGUUGUGCGCCUAUCAUGUAUACAUUUUUUGAUCUGCCUGACGUGUAACCCAGACUACCGAGGUAGGCAGGGAGUCACCGCCUCGUCCUUUUUCUUUUUUUUUUCACAGGAAGCAACGUCGGCGGUGGCGUUCAUCCUGCAUGUGAAAAAAAUGGAUGGUGGUAUUGGCAGGCGUAAUAGUAAAAAAGUCCGCGUCGAAACUAAUGAACCAAAAUAUACACAGGUUUAAAACCCCCAAGUUACAUCGUUCUGCAUCCAAAAUCCUCCUGGCUCGUAGUGCCCAUAUGGGAACCUGGUAUACGCCGCUCUUCUUUGCAGGUUAUUCUCCUGCCUCGUUGUCUCCAUGUGUCGAGUGCAUACAAUUUUCGCCGGGUUAAAGCUCCCAAUCACCCUUGUCUCCGCCCUUUCAUUUUAUGUCGAGCACCAAAUUUUCAAAGAGAGAAUUUUCGGUGUGUCUAUCAUAAGGGCUAACUGAUUUCAGGGAUAGUAUACACUUCUAGAACUUCCUAAUCUGCCCGGCUCAUUACCGACGUCACAGUUGGAAAACUAUUAAUAUAC